AUGGCAAAGUGUCCUUACUGUGAUCGUCAGGCUUCUCUUGGCGUCGAUAAAUGUGGAUUACUUAUAACUGCCUAUAUUCUUGCUGGACUUGCUAUGAUGCUUAAUAUUCGACUUGCAUAUAGUUCAGCACCAUACGCACUCAUUAGAUUUAGAUUACCCGAGAAUCUCUUCAGUGUAUUUGUUAGAAGAAUGGCAAGUGCACUUGAACUCUGGUGUCUCCCCAGUAUGCUAUUGGGAAACCUAAUGGACCUAAUUCAGAAACUCGGGUUUUACCCCCAAAACCUUAAAAAUGCAGCUGGUGGAAAUGAUAGUGAUGGGCUCCGAGGAAAGGCUGGCAACCUCAAUACUCAAGCCAGUACACUAGCCAGUGAACUAAAUGAUGAUCAUGCUCAAGCUCUUGUCAACAAACUGAAAGAGGCCGCAAGUAAUGAUAGUGGUAAGGGUCUUAAACAGUUACUCGGAGAUCUUAAAAGUGCUAGUGGUACCGAAGUUGUUGAGAAGGCCAAUGCCGUCAAAGACAAGUAUGAAGCUGUUGAACGAGAAUACUACAAAGUGAAAAAUGAUGAUAAGGCUAGUAAAGGUGGUAACUUUGGCCAAGUUACAACUGCAUUCGAAGCACUUCAGAAACUAUAUACCGAUGCUGUAUGUCCUGAAAAGUUCUACUGGAUAGUAGUUCCUUCAAUUGUCUGUCAGUGGUUAAAUUUUCUAACGUAUGUAAUACUUCUCUAUGUAUACGUUUUUGGUGGUGAUCAGGGCCAUCUAACUACAUUUUAUUUUGUGAUCGCAAUAUCUGGAGUUGUAUUUGGAAUUAAUAUGACCUUGGUUUAUUCUGUUGACUUUAAUUAUAUACCUGUCUAUAUUGCUGGUGAAAACUCAUUUCCAAUUGUAACGUCAUUCAUGCAUUAUCUCACAACUCUCAUGUUUGGCAAUCGGAGGAAAUGGAAUAGCGACUUCAUUGUAGUCUGUGUGGACAUUGGGGUAGCAAUAAUAAUAUCAUUUGUGGCAGCUGUGGUUUGGACAUGGGCCUACAAAUGUAGUAAUGGUCAGGAAAAGAAGUGGUGGCAUAUUUAUGCAUUUGGAUUCUCUGGAGGUUUUAGUUCAGAAGUUAUCUCUCCCGCUUUAAUGGUAAUUGUUGGUAUGGGUCUUGUUUAUGCUAUAUAUCCUGGUAUUGCGCCCGGUAUGAUUGUACCAUUUUAUCUAGUUGAUAAGAUUGAAAUGGUUCUCCUCAUUGCUACAUUCUUUCCACCCGUGAUUGUUGCCAUGCUGAGAAGAACUGCUGGAUUUGGUGAUCCUCAGUCUCCAAUGUGUGGAUGGAAAAAACCUACAGUAGAUUGGAUGCCGGAUAAAGACGGUCGAUUCUGGCAUGCUUUUGAUCUGCUUAUGGUUAUCAAGAUCACUCUAGCAGUUGUUUUUAUAUAUUCACUUCAUUACAGAGAUUCUUCACUUGCUAGAUCCAUCAUUAAUCAACCUAAAAUGUCCACUGCACUAUCCAUUAUAUUUUAUAUGUGUCAUGAAAUAUUACUUGCUAUAGGAUUUCCAGGUGUCAUAGGUAAUAAUGGAGGGGACUAUGUAUUAAUACCCCAAUACAUAGGAGCGCUAUUUAUGAUAUUCCUUGCAUUUUACAGUGAAGGAUACAUUAUAGAAUAUAAAAGUCAUGAUCCUGAUCAUUGGCCCACGGAUGGAAUGUGGUAUUUAUAUGGAUACUACCAAUUGAACCCUGAUUUUUUAUUAUGA